UUCCCCAGCAGCCUGUAGCCACUUUAGCCCAGUCACUAACCUAGAACUGGUCAGCAGUCCACAAUUUGCUGCGGACGCGUAUAGGCAGUGUUUUGUUGUUUUUUAGGAUGAGACAAAACCGCUAAAGAACUGGCUAAAACUAUGUGGUGAAGACACAAGUAGAGAUGUUUUAUAGGCUACACUGGCCACCAAGGACCUACCUGGCUGCCCAGUCUAUCGACUGACAGCUGUCACCUAGCUGCUUAGCUCGGGAGCUAGCUAGGUGAGCUAACGGCUAACUGGGGAUUUUUUUUUAGGCUCGCAGCCAGGCUAGUAUAGUCAGCCGGUGUUGGUGUCGCUUCAGACAGAAAACAAUGACUUCUUGAACAUUUGACUCCGCCUGUUGGUCAAACCAUGAGUUAGCAGAGGCUCUGCAGACAACAGUAUUUGGCAUUAUUUCAAGCUAGUUCAGCUAUUUUUCUAGCUUCAAGGUAGCUUACUGCUAUCAUUCAGUUAUUAAAAAGCUACUGCAGGAGGAAAACACCGGUUCCUCGGUGGAUUGGGACCUACUAUAACUUGCAGCCGCCGUAGUUUUGAUUCUGAACUAUUUUUUGGACUUCGGCCUACUCUCGAUAGCAUCUGGGUGAAAUGAAGAAAUUUUUUGACUCUCGUCGGGACUUUGCGGGCUCUGGGCCUGGUUCGGGAGCUGGUGGAGGAGGCACUGGUUCUGGCGGCGGCGGGAGCUUUAUUGGACGGGUCUUCAGCAUCGGAAGAUAUCAAGUGACUGUCGAGGAAAUUGUUGCUGAAGGAGGUUUUGCGAUUGUGUUUUUGGUGCGAACUCACCAAGGGCAACGUUGUGCUCUGAAAAGAAUGUAUGUCAACAAUGAACAUGAUCUCAGGAUCUGCAAACUUGAGAUACAAAUUAUGAGAGACUUGGUAGGCAACAAAAACAUAGUUGGUUUCCUGGACUCCAGUAUAGCAGCUGUGGGAGCUGGAGACGUGUGGGAAGUCUUGAUCCUAAUGGACUUCUGCCGAGGUGGGCAGGUGGUUAACCUGAUGAACCAACGAUUACAGACCGGCUUCAGUGAAGCUGAGGUGUUGAGGAUCUUUUGUGACACAUGUGAGGCCGUCGCUCGGCUUCAUCAGUGCAAAACUCCCAUCAUCCAUCGAGACCUCAAGGUGGAAAAUAUUCUCCUGCAUGAUCAGGGGCACUAUGUGCUCUGUGAUUUUGGAAGUGCCACAAAUCAUUUCCAAAACCCACAGACUGAAGGGGUUGCAGUCAUAGAAGAGGAAAUUAAAAAAUACACCACCCUGUCAUACCGUGCUCCAGAGAUGGUCAACCUUUAUGGUGGAAAAGUCAUCACAACAAAAGCAGAUAUUUGGGCUUUGGGUUGUCUGCUCUAUAAGCUCUGCUUCUUUACGCUUCCUUUUGGUGAGAGCCAAGUGGCUAUCUGUGAUGGUACCUUCACUAUCCCAGACAAUUCUCGUUACUCCCAGGAAAUGCAUUGUCUCAUCAGAUACAUGCUGGAACCCGAUCCUGACAAGAGACCAGAUAUUUACCAAGUGUCCUACUUUGCCUUCAAACUGGCCCGGCAGGAGUGUCCUGUCCCAAAUCUGCACAAUUCCCCAAUUCCUUCAAAACUUCCUGAGCCUAUCCGAGCCAGUGAAGCAGUGGCCAAAAAGAGUCAAACCAAAGCCAGGCUAACCGACCCAGUUCCAACUACAGAAACCUCUAUUGCACCUCGACAGCGACCCAAAGCUGGCCAGCCACAGUCGCAGCCUUUAUCAGGCAUUCUUCCCAUCCAACCAGCUCUCACCCCACGCAAGAGGCCUAAUGUGGCGACAGGAACACCGCCUGCUUUUGCGGUAGGAAUCAAUGCUGCAGCCGCAGCUGCUGUUCAACCUGCACAGCAAGCUCCAGCUGUACAGGCUUCUCAUCAACUAACGCAGACGAGCAACAAGCAGCCACAGCCUCCAACACAUCAGCAGGGCCUCAUGAAGACACAGCAGGCCUCUCCCUUCCUAAUCCCUAAAAAUAAUCAGCAGAACCUGCAGCACCAACACCAAACACCCUCCCAUGCAUCUGCUCUGCUGCAGUCCAAAGCUAAACCCGUUUCCCCAGUUUCCGCUCUGCAACUUCAGCAGCAGCAUGUAGUCCACGAACCAGCCGCAACUCAUCUUGCUCCCAUUCCUGAGUCUGCAGUCAUUGCUCCUACAGCUGCCCCAGAGACUCCAGGCAGAGAGAUGCACAAAGCUGGCUCUUUGACACCUCCUUCAUCACCAAAGAUGGCCCCAAAAAGCGGCCACAGACGAAUCCUGAGCGAUGUCACCCACAGUACCAUCUUUGGAGUCCCAGUCAGCAAAUCCACCCAGCUGCUCCAGGCAGCCGCAGCUGAGGCCAGCCUCAACAAGUCCAAAUCAGCCAGCACUACUCCUUCUGGCUCCCCCUGUUCGUCCCAGCAGAAUGUGUAUCAUCCAGGUGGUGACGCUCCAUCAGCGCUCGCUGCACCAAAUGCUCAGCCUGGCUGGAACCCCUUUGGAGAUGAUAACUUCUCCAAGCUAACUGCAGAGGAACUGCUCAACAAAGACUUUGCAAAGCUAUCUGAGUCUGCUCAGCCUGGUGAAAUAGACCUCACCUCCAGUGAAAGUCUCAUUCCAGAGCUCGGGGCUUUUCCAGCAAAGGCUGAGGUGUGUGUGGAUUCCUUGAUUCCUGGUUUGGAAGCUCCUCAGCCUCAGCGCCAUUCAGGUCAGCCAGAUCGUAUUGCUGCCAGCAUGCCAGAUUCUUUCACUGGGGAGGCAUCUCUGCUGGGCUGUGAUUUGCUAACUCAUUCUUCUGCUGGAAGCCACCCUGUUUCAGCACUCUCUUCCUCCUUCUCCUCUGGCCCUCCUGGCUGUGGCUCCGGAUCCUGUCUGGAGGAUCUGCAACCCAGUCAGGCUGCUGACUCUUUCCUCUUGUCUGGUGGGAAAAAGGGCAAUGAUGAAGAGUUUGACCCCAUUCCUGUGCUCAUUCCCAAAAACUCAAAUCAAGGUGGUCACACUCACAGCAACAGUGGCAGUUCAGAGUCCAGCAUCCCCAACUUGGCGCGCUCCCUUCUGCUGGUGGAUCAGCUCAUCGACCUCUAGAGGGGUGGGAGAGGUCGAAGGGGCAGAAUGCAAUCCUAAAAACAAAAUGAAACGCAUAAAAAGGGUGUUGGAUAGACAGGCACUUACUGUAUAAACCUUUUGAAGUGAGGAAAAGCCAGCAUGGAUUGGUUCAGAAGAGCCAUUCUGUUUAUGUGCCUCCUUGGCCUCAACUCCAUCUCUAGCAGCGUGAUAAGCUGGUUUCAUGCAUCUCUGCUGGCCGUUGACAUUUCCACGCUGGUUUUUUUUUUUUUUUUCCUUUUCUGUUAAUGGCUGAGCAUAUCGUCUGCUUCUGUCCUGGCUUCACCAUGGUCAUUUUUUUUUUUUUUUUUUUCAUGCUUCCUUAUUCUUGCAAUAAUGUCCCUCAUUGAUGUUUUUACACCCAUGGUGAUUGACUGUCAUAGCGUGCACUGCUUGGUCGCAAGUCCUUGGUGUUUUUUGUUCGUUAUCAUGGUUGAAUCUUCAAAGAACUGUCAGGAACGUUCUUGCGUGUCAAGAGGUUGUUGAAGAAGUGAAAUUGAGAAUGAUGUAGACCUUAUGAAUACCGUGAUGGAGUCUUUUUUUUUUUUAAGAUUUGGACUGGAUCAAACAAGAUGGGACAUUAAGGAACCACUCAAUCAUUUACUGCUGCAUUGAACCAGUUUUUUUUAGCAAUACAAAAGGGAAUUUGUUUUAGUUAGUUUAACCCAUUGUGUUAAAACAGCUUCAAUAGAAUUACAGAGCAUAUAGCCUUAGGAAUUUAUAUCCAUUCAGUCCUAUGCUGCUAUUCCUAUGUGCAUCUUUCCCAUUGUGUAUUUUUAGCUGGAUUUUAUAUUAUACAUCAGUACAAAGUCGUAUAAUUAUUGAAGUAAAUUUAAAAUUAAAUUUGAAAUUCCUUAAUAACUAAGGAAUUGAGGCACUUGGCAUCAGAAGUAACUUAGCUGUUAAAUUGAGUCAUGGAUAUCCUGUGAAGGACUCGAUUGUUGGAAACAUUUUUAAAAAUUGAUUGGUUUGACUUGAACCUUUAUGUUUGUUCACUAUUUUGUGCUGGUUUAUCACAUAAAAUCCCAACACAAUACCUAGAAACUUAUGGUUUUAGCAUGUCAGAAUGUGGUAUAAAUGCUUUUCCAAUACACUGUAUAAGUAGUUGAAUGCAGAUUUCUUUUUCUGAAUAACACAAAGGGUGUUACAAAUGCUAAAACUACAACAAUAAUGGUUGUGAUCUUUGUCUUUUUAAAACAUGUAAUGCUUGAACUUUGGCUGACUAGGUUGACACAAAGAUGUUCUCCUGAUCAGUCUUUUUCAUAACAUCACGCGUGUAUUAAUCAAACUGGUGCAUUUUCAUUUGAAUUUUUACAUUUUUUCCAACCCCUCUAACACUAAUGUGAACAGACGAGAACCAAAGUGAAAUGAGAUUUUGUAAUCCUGCUAUUAGCGAUGUAACGUUCUGCUCUCAGGGUCAGUAUGAGUGAGCAGACUUUUUCAGUAAUCAUCGCAACACUGAAGGAGGUUUAGUGUAGAUACCAUCAAGUGUUUGUUUUCUGUGGGACAACCAUCUUAACAACAAUGACCUACCAUGCUCUUAGUCAAUUCCUUCUUCCCUACUCAUAUUUAUACGACUAACUUCAGUGCAAAAAUAUCCUACUGCUCAAUUUCACUAUUUUUCGCCCUUUUGAUUUUAGAUUGUUUUAUUGUAUAUUAUUUAAAGGCAUUUCAUAGUGUGAAUAAUAUUCAUAGGGAUUUGGUAAAACAUAUAUGAGCGGUCCCAUCUUUUAACAUGUUGAACAAUUUAUUUAGAUUAAACACAUAUUAAUUACAGUGUAUUUAGAAGCGUAAAUGAUUUUCCGUUAUUUAUUUCCCUCCAUUCGUGUCGAUAAUUCAGCCAGAGCUUUUGAUGUUGAUGCACUCAAUACAUGAAAUGGUGUGUUUCUGAGUUGGCUGCCCAGAUCAUAUUUUUAGCACUUUGUUCCCAUUGUACCACUGAUAUGUUACUGUUAUAGUGACUGCAGAUUGUUGUGUUGCGUUAUAAGAGAUGUUAUGACGGAGUGUUCUUCCUGAUGUCUCUGGAGCACCUUGGGUUCCUCAUGACUGCCUGUUUUUAUUGAUCAAAUAAUGAGAGAGAGUUGAAUGGCAGCUGUACAAAAAAAAUGCAUUACAUUUGCUGACAAUCAUUGCAGUUUAUGUUGUUGUAUGUAAAGAUUCCACCAAGUUCUACUUUGAAUUAUGGCUUUUAUUUUGUCAAGGAAGUUUAACUGCAUUGUACUUUGUAAGCUUAUUUUUAAGCGUAGUUUGACCUUGCAUUUAACCUUGAACUGCACAUUUCCUUCUGUUUUGCUAUUACUGCUACAGUUAACGGUUUAUGCAUAAAUCUCUUUAAGAAAUCAAGUUUAAUUCCUUUCAUUCCCUGAAAGUCACGUGGUUAAGAAUUAGCAGUGGUAAUUAACACCCUUUGGAACUGUAUUAUUCAAUCAUUUUUGAUGGAUGGAUGUCUAUAAGACCUAGACAUGCACUCAUCAGAAUUUUGAGAUUUCUGAUUCCCAGUUUUUGUAAAACUUUGACCUCGUAGAAACCAGUACUUAAACGGGGAAUUAUGAUAAUGCUGAAUAAUAAACUAAGCUAUUGGAAGUGUAAUAAAGCUAAUAACAUUACCAAUAAUUUUAAGAAGUUAUGGCAUCAUUUUUAUUAUCACCAAUCAGUAGUAUUUAAAAUAUUCUCUGUAAAUGUAACCACUUUAGCCAAUAAUGUAAUAAAACAUAAGUAAGGCCUCAUGUCUUAAAAAUAACACUUUCUGCAGUUUUUGUACAUCAUAAAUGGGUAUUGUAAUAAUCAUGUGGCAUAUUCAGUCAUCAAAGGUAUGUAAUAUAAAGUACGCUCUUCUCUAUUAUUAAUUUUGUAAAAGCUUAUUUAAGAUUUAAGAAAUCUUAAUCUAUGCUUAUAGAUUAAGAACUUAUAGAUAAAUCUUAAUCUAUAUUUUUAUGUACUUUAAAUUCAUAUUUUAUAUGUAGGAAUAUUACUAUAUGUCUUAGUUACGUUACUUGGUGGAGUGUGCUGGAAUUCAGAAAAAUGAUUGUGUGUUCAGGGUUAGAUGAAAAAGGAACAAAGAAUUGAAUAAUGUAUUGUUCAUUUACUCUCCAUGUUGAAAAGGACUACAGCCUGGUUAAUAAGUCACUAUUAGUAAUAUACUUUUGGCAAGUUACUACCAUAAUAUAUUAUCUAUAAAAUGAGCAAAAUUAUUGUCCUGGGCCAUAAUUACAUUAGCUGCUACAAAUCUGUUGAUAUUUUUUUCAUCACAUGGUAGCUGUAUCAUGAGUUUUUAUAGUGAAUCUUUUUCAAAAUACUAAGAUAUCUUUUCCUGGUGCCGUAUAAUGCUUUAAAACAGAGGGGUCCAGGGGAAAUUUGUGGCGAUUAUGUGUGGCCCCCUGACUACAAUUUAAGAAUGUUAAAAAUGUAGCCUGCCACUAAAUCUCCAGAGACUGUUUUUUUUUGUUUGUUUGUUUUGUUUUGUUUUGUAAACGGAGAAAGAAACUGCUGAACAUAUUGAAAUCUGAAAAUAGAAAUUAUGAACAAUACAAAGUACACAUUCUUUAAAAUUAAUGCUUUUUGAUUUCCUUUUAAUUUCAUAGUAAAUAGGACCUGAAAUAACUAACGACUUGUUCUCAAGAACAGACCUGACUGCACCCAAAUCUACGUUUGAUAAGUGUAUUUAAGAAAAUAAAAAAAUAAAAACAAGCUGUAUGGAUUUCUUUCAAUAUUGCAAAUGUAAAAAUUGUUUCCUUCAAAAAUUACUUUAUUUCACUAAAAUAUUACAUGUGUAGUAAAUUGUGGUCCAGAAAAAAGGUCCCAAAAUUUAUGGGGUCUUUAAUAAUAACAAUUUUUAAAAAUAGCAUCAUUGGGCUGUGUUAUUUAUCACAGCUCAGUAACUUGGGCUGUGAUCAGUACAAAUGUGUUGCAUUAGAAAGCAAUGGGAGCAUUAUAAAAUAGAUCACUGACUAGUAAAAAAAUAACAAAACAGAUACUUUAUUUUUAAUGGCUUCAACUAACAUCUCUGCGAGAACUACCAGCUAACACCUUCUGCCAACACCUCUGAGGUAAGACUCCCCUCCCUCCACUAAUCUGUUCUAACCUGUCUGUCCCUAUUUUCAGCUUAUCUGUGACUAUUUUCCUCACUUGUUUCCACAGAUUUGCUAACUCCAUCUAAACUCCUCACAUUUUAAAUAAUUCUUACAAAAAUUUCAAAAUACUGCUUUAUCCCCGACAUGGUUUAGAAGGGUUAGAUUGCGACAGCUGCAGCUAAAUUGUGGAAACAAGAUUUUUGAUAGCAUAGUUGCUAAACUUGACUGUCCUAUGUGGCUUGUUCCUCAUAGUAGAGUUUAUUUUGUAGUCUUGUGCUGGUUCGUCAUCGUUCCGUCCUUUUGAUCCGUAAUUGACAGAUGUGUAGAGAGGGUUUGUUGGUCACAGGUGUGAAGUAACUCUGAAGGCUGAUGGUGUGGUUGACAAAAUGUUCGGCUUGCUACUUUCUGGUGGUGUUUGUAAUAUGUAAUGUCUUUUUUUCCUUCUUUUGUGUCUUUGUUGUGUAGAGGUUGAAGUGGAGAGUAAUGGCUACACUAUGCUAGAAGAGGGACAGGAGGCUGAAGAGGUUGAA